CCCGGGAGUUGCGGAGCCGCCGAGCACGGCUGGCUAACGGCCGCGGCCAUUGCACGGACGGACGGCGUCGGUCACACGCCGCGGGCUUCCCUGCGACCGCUCGCCGUGCUGCCGGCCUCGGUGAGUUUUUGGAUGAAGCCAUUAAAUUAAUUUCUUGCCAUCAUGAGCAGAAGCAAGCGUGACAACAACUUUUAUAGUGUAGAGAUUGGAGAUUCGACAUUCACAGUCCUGAAACGAUACCAGAAUUUAAAACCUAUAGGCUCAGGAGCUCAAGGAAUAGUAUGUGCAGCUUAUGAUGCCAUUCUUGAAAGAAAUGUCGCAAUCAAGAAGCUAAGUCGGCCAUUUCAGAAUCAAACUCAUGCUAAGCGGGCCUACAGAGAGCUAGUUCUUAUGAAAUGUGUUAAUCACAAAAAUAUUAUUGGCCUUUUGAAUGUUUUCACACCACAAAAAUCCCUAGAAGAAUUUCAAGAUGUUUACAUAGUCAUGGAGCUCAUGGAUGCAAAUCUUUGCCAAGUGAUACAGAUGGAACUAGAUCAUGAAAGAAUGUCCUACCUUCUCUAUCAAAUGCUGUGUGGAAUCAAGCACCUUCACUCUGCUGGAAUUAUUCAUCGGGACUUAAAGCCUAGUAACAUAGUAGUGAAAUCAGACUGCACUUUGAAGAUUCUUGAUUUUGGACUAGCCAGGACUGCAGGAACAAGUUUCAUGAUGACGCCUUAUGUAGUGACUCGCUAUUACAGAGCACCAGAGGUCAUCCUAGGCAUGGGCUACAAGGAAAACGUGGAUUUAUGGUCUGUGGGGUGCAUUAUGGGAGAAAUGGUUUGCCACAAAAUCCUCUUUCCAGGAAGGGACUAUAUUGAUCAAUGGAAUAAAGUUAUUGAACAGCUUGGAACACCCUGUCCUGAAUUCAUGAAGAAACUACAGCCAACAGUAAGGACUUAUGUUGAAAACAGACCUAAAUAUGCUGGAUAUAGCUUUGAGAAACUGUUCCCUGAUGUACUUUUCCCAGCUGACUCAGAACACAACAAACUAAAAGCCAGUCAGGCAAGAGAUUUGUUAUCCAAAAUGCUAGUAAUAGAUGCAUCCAAAAGGAUCUCCGUAGAUGAAGCUCUCCAGCACCCGUACAUCAAUGUCUGGUAUGACCCUUCUGAAGCAGAAGCCCCACCACCAAAGAUCCCUGACAAGCAGUUAGAUGAAAGGGAACACACAAUAGAAGAAUGGAAAGAACUGAUAUACAAGGAAGUGAUGGACUUGGAGGAGAGAACCAAGAAUGGAGUCAUCCGGGGGCAACCUUCUCCUUUAGCACAGGUGCAGCAGUGAUCAAUGGCUCUCAGCAUCACCCAUCGUCAUCGCCGUCUGUCAAUGAUGUGUCUUCAAUGUCAACAGAUCCGACUUUGGCUUCGGAUACAGACAGCAGUUUAGAAGCCUCAGCGGGACCUCUGGGCUGCUGUAGAUGACUACUUGGG